AUGGCUCGUGUGGGUGUGCUGCGGCAGUAUAUGGCCACCGUGUUAGUGAACCUGCUCGGUGUUAGCUACGGGAUGAUCAGUGGAUGGUCAUCGGGUGCACUGCCCACGCUUCAGACACCCGCCGGAAGCCCGCUGGAGUAUGGCGCCAUUACACAGCAGCAAGCGUCCUGGAUCGGUGGAGCACUCUGUCUGGGCGGAAUCCUUGGGACGCUCGUCGGCGGUGCGAUGGUGGAGCACAUCGGACGGAAGUGGACGGCCUGGGUAGCUGGGAUACCGUUGGUGGUGUGCUGGCUGCUGGUCAUCGUGGCCGAUCAUCCGUACUAUCUGAUGGGUGCCCGGUUUCUCGGCGGUUUUGCUGGUGGUAUUGAGUUUGUCGUAACGCCAAUCUACGUAUCGGAGAUAGCGUGCACCAGUCAUCGGGGCACUCUAUCCUCGUUGCUAAUCCUGUCCGUUUGUGUCGGUGUGGAGUUUGCCUAUCUGGCCGGGGCCUUCCUGCAUUACCACACCAUCCCGUGGGCAUCCAUCGGUGUUCCGCUGUUCUUUCUGAUAAGCUUUUGCUUCCUGCCCGAAACGCCUUCACACCUUGCCAAGGUGCAAAAGCUGGAGGCUGCCGAACACUCGCUACGCUACUUUCGUGGCAUCCGGACGGAGAAGGACACCGUCGGCGACGAAGAAUACGUCCGUGAACUUCAACUGCUGCAACGCAUGCACACCGGCCAAACCUUGGCAAAGGACCCCGGUGGCGUACUAUCGUGGAGCGAUUUCACGAGCAGACACGCCCGCCAUGGCAUGCUGAUCUGUGUGACACUGAUGGCGCUAAAUCAGUUUUGCGGCUGCUUCUACAUGAUGAACUAUGCCCAGUCGGUGUUUGCCGCGUCCGGUUCGGUGCUCAGUCUGCCGGCCAGCCUGUCCGUGAUAGUGGUCGGCAUGAUACAGCUCAUCGGUUGCUACGUCUCCACACUGCUGGUAGACCGUAUUGGCCGAAAGAUACUGCUGCUCAUCUCGUCCGUUGGGCUAACGCUCGGACAGGGUGUCUUCGCUUCGUACUGCUACGGCCAGCAGCUGGGUUACGAUCUGUCGGCGUACGCUUGGUUGCCGCUGGUAUGCUUUUCCGCUAUCGUUUUUAUUGGCACGGUCGGUGUCGGUACGAUGCCGUUUGUCGUGCUGGCAGAAAUCAUGCCGCAGAAGAUCAAAGGCUUCACAACGACCUUUUGUAUGGCGAUCAACUGGACAUUUGCGUUCGUUGCAUUGAAGUACUUCUCAACAUUGAGUGUUUUAUUGGGCAUGCACGGCAUAUUGAUGUUUUUCGCCAUUUCUUCAUUCAUCGGUGUGCUUUUCGUGCUGCUUUGCAUGCCGGAAACGAAAGGGAAAAGCUUUCAAGAAAUCCAGUACAUGAUGGAAAAAUAG